GUCUUGUGGACUGGAGCGAGGGGAGAGAGAAAACUCUGUUACUCACUCCGUCUCCAACUUUGAGAGGAAGUUACCACCUCUUCCCCAGACUCUGUACACACAGGCUCAGGAAGACACACACAAGCUCUUCAGGACUUGACCACAGCAGGAACAAAGUGAAAGAUUCAGGACUGCUUUAAUGCUUUGUUUCUCUCAACAUUUGGAGGGAAAGAAGGCUGAGAUUUGCAUUUUGCAUGAAGCUUUCUGUGUGCAGUUUCAGAGGGACCUUGUCACCACAUACUGGGUGGCCAAAUGAACGGUUUAGCCUGAGGACCAAAGAUCACAGGCCCUGAUCCAACAGCACGGCGAAAGAAAAGGAGAGAGAAGCGUGAUCAUUUUUCUCCAACUCCUCAUUACACUAUGAGCUCGGAUUGAGGACGCGCUUCAAAGUUUUAUUUUGUGGUGUGAAAAUAUCAAGCAAAGAUCACCAUGGAUGUGAAGAAAAAAGAAAUGGACCUCCUGAGCAACAGCAUAGCUGCAUAUGCACACAUAAAAGCAAACCCAGAGAGCUUCGGCCUUUACUUUGUGCUUGGAGUGUGUUUCGGCCUGGUGCUGACACUCUGCCUCCUGGUCAUCCGCAUCUCCUGCAAGCCGCGGACCAACGUCGCCCCCUCAACGCCUGAGAAAAAACACUUAAAGGAUAUCAGCGAGGAGGACGAAGAGAGCGAGGACGAUGAAGAUGAAGAUGGGGACGACGUAGAGGCACCCAUCCCUUUGCCAAGCACAGAAAUCCCUGUUGAAAAUCAUAUCGGGCAAUCGAACGGGACACUGAGUGUGAACGUGUUUACUUCGGCUGAGGAGCUUGAAAGGGCACAGCGUCUGGAGGAGAGGGAGCGCAUCAUACGUGAGAUCUGGAGGAACGGCCAGCCUGAUAUCCUUGGGUCGGGAACAGGGACUAUUGGCAGAGUACAUUACUACUAAGAUAAAUGAGGCUUCAAGGGAAACACUCUGUGAAGGACAGGCAUAGACCUUUUUGCGGGCCCGAUGUCCCUGAAGCCUAUGAGACUUGUGUUGGAUACAAUGCCACGUCAUGGAAACAGGACAACAGUGAUGUGACUUUUUGACGGGACAAUACUCGGCCUUGACAGAGCCGAACUAUGUGAUAUUGCACUUCUCAUGUAGCAAUGUUAUUUUAAACUGACUACAUGAAAUUUUAACCAACAGGUGUGUUAAGGACUGAUCAUCAGUAUGAAUGUGGUAGCUGAAUGACACUUGAAGUAGUCAGUCUAUUCAAAUGUAUGGCGCUUAAUGACAAAAAUGCACACAAGUAUAGGAUUAUGUAUAUUAUAAGUGGAAAAUGGAUGCAUAUAAGGACAAUGUAUGUACUGUAUUUUGCUAUUAAAACUGUUUUUGUUUGCAGUGAGGACAGUUUUCCUCUAGAUGGGUGAGUUUGUGGGACAUAGAAAAUACUCUAAGUGUUUGUGUAAGGAAAUUCAAAUGUUUAAAAAAGCACAUAUAAAUCAAUUCGGGAGGGGGGGGUCAGAAUACACAGUAUAAUGUCAAGACAAUUACAUUUGGAGUCUAUAAUUUAUGAGUUCCUUAAAUCCAUGUCUGUGUUUUCAGGGAUAAUUCCACCAAAGGAAAUGACAGAAUUAAAGUAUUACGCUUAAA